AUGAAGGCUAUAUUCUUCGCCAUAGGGCUUUUGGCGGUGUCCUCACUCGCCUUCGCUGAGGAAGAGAAGGUGGAGGAGAAGGUGAGCAAGAAGGAGCUCACUGAGAGUGGUCGUGAAAUCCUGAAACAGCUAAGGGAGCUCAAAAAGGAAGAAGAAGAUGCCUUGGCCGCACUUGACGAUGAGGAGGAAAAAGAUGCGAUUACCAAGAUUCUCGAGAAAGAAGAAGAUGAAACCGAUAAGGAAGAGAAGGAACUCGAAGAAACCACCGAAGAGCCCACACGUGUGAAACGCGCUGCUCGUCGAGGAGCUCGUCGUGCCGCUGCCCGAAGAGCCGCCAGAAGACGUUUCGCCCGCAGACUCCGCCGAAAUCAGCGUCGUGCCGCACAGAAACGCCGCCGACACGCUCGCCGUCACCAGAGAAACCUCCGACGUGCUGCCAGAAAGAUUCGCCGCCUCCAACGCCGCGGUUAA